CAACCUGUUAAGCCGAACCAGAACCACCUACCCCUGAUCUGAAGGCUCCACGAAACAAAGCCUCAGCAGCACACCACAGAGAAAAUAAUAACCAACCCGGCGUGAACCGCACUCGCCAUAAUAUCUAUAUAUAUGACCGCCACAACGGAAAUCCCAAAAAAACAACCGGCAACAAUAGAUUCCGAUCGGAAAAGAAAGGAUCCAUCAGCAGAUCGAACCGCCGCCGCCGCUGCCAAACACAAAAAAUCAAAAAUGUCAUCAUCAUCAUCUGAUAAAGUUAGGGCUUCACAUAUACUUAUUAAACACCAAGGAUCUCGUCGUAAGGCUUCCUGGAAGGAUCCAGAAGGUCGGGUUAUUACUAAUACUACCAGAGAUGCUGCCGUUUCUCAGCUCAAAGCUUUACGAGACGACGUCGUUUCUGGAAAUUCCAAAUUUGAAGAUGUUGCUUCUCGUUAUUCUGAUUGUAGCUCAGCUAAACGUGGCGGCGAUCUCGGUCCAUUUGGAAGGAAACAGAUGCAGAAGCCGUUUGAAGACGCGACAUAUGCAUUGAAAGUGGGGGAGAUAAGCGACAUCGUGGAUACUGAUAGUGGAGUUCACAUCAUCAAGAGAACUGGUUAACCAUGAAAUAUUACAGUAAGGACUAGCAUAAACUUACCUGUUUCUAUGGUUUCAAGCAAUGAUGAACUCUGUUGUAACUUGAGUUUGGUGAUUCCACACGUUGUAUUGUUUUACCUAGAAAAUUAAGAAUGCAUCUUUGAGAUUUA